AUGAAAACUUCCAUCCACAUUCUCGCAAUAAUUUCAGCGGCGGCGCCGAUCGUGGCUCAAGCCUCAUCCGACGUCAUAUCUGACUCCACCGUCCUACGUACUAUCACUUCGUCGCCUGUAUCACCACAGACCGGAUGCCCGACUGCGACAGAGACGCUUGAGAUAUGCUCAACAUGCAUGGUUCUUCAGUGCAUCACCAUUUCCACCCUGACUCACGGCUGCGGAUGCCCGACGCCUGUACCCACUGAGCGAAGUGGCAUGCGAUGGCACUCAGAGUGGGAGCGCAGCGCCGGGCACCACCACAUCGACAAUCGGACCGGGUACUGUAACGACGACAGCAGAAGCAACUGGUGA